UAUUUCACCUGCCCCACCUGUGAAACAGAUCAAAGAUACAUGAAGCUCAAACAUGGAAGCAAUGUCCCUAGGAAACUUUCCUAGUAAGUUACUCCCCCUUGUUUCGUGCAUGACAUCAUGAUUUCAUAAACUACAAGUACAACAGCUAAUGAUAACAAUAACCACAACAAUAAGACGGCAUCCUAAUAUUCAUUUUGGAGAACCUCAAAAUAACCUGUGCUUGUCAGCAUUUGUAGCAAUUCUUAAUAUAAAAGAAUCAGAUUUUUAAUUCAACCUAAAACGGGCUACAGUGUGUCCGAAUUUAUUGUGCAGAACCAUAGAAUAUCCCUCUGCUGCCAACGAAUUUUUCCUGUGAAUGCCAACUAUAAACACAAUUAAAUAGCCUAAAGCAAAACCAGAAAAGCUUAAGGCGAUCAAGAAAGUUGGAAUUGUCCGUUUUGAGGAAUAAACAGAAAGAUUCAAUGGAGCUCAUGCAAGUAGCUGCAGAAAGAACCAAGACGGUUCUUAUUCUUAUGAGUGAUACAGGUGGUGGUCACAGAGCUUCUGCAGAAGCUAUUAAAGCAGCCUUCAAGAUUGAAUAUGGCGAUGAGUACAAGGUGUACGUGACAGAUUUGUUUAAAGAGCACACCCCUUGGCCCUUCAAUCAAAUGCCCAAGAGCUAUAACUUCUUGGUGAAGCAUGAGACUCUGUGGAAAGUUGCCUUUCACGGAACUAUUCCUCGUUGUGUACAUUGUCCUCAAUUAUUAGCAGCAUCAGCCUUCAUUGCUAGCAAGGUGGAAAAGGGCUUGAGGAAGUACCAACCUGAUAUCAUUGUAAGUGUACACCCUCUGAUGCAACAUAUUCCAAUUAGAAUUAUUGAAUCCAUGGAUCUCCCAAAAAAGAUAUUGUUCACAACGGUCAUCACGGAUUUGAACACAUGCCAUCCUACAUGGUUUCAUAAACGUGUAACAAGAUGCUACUGUCCAACUAGUGAGGUGGCUAUGAGGGCAUCAUAUGAAGGUUUGCUGCCCUCUCAAGUACGUGUAUAUGGUUUGCCUAUACGACCAUCCUUUAGCAAGAAUCUUCACCCCAAGGCUGAACUAAGGAAGGCUAUGGGAAUGAAUGACACCUUACCAGCAGUCCUCCUGAUGGGAGGAGGAGAAGGCAUGGGCCCAGUUGAAGCAACUGCUAUGGCACUUGAGCAAACACUGUACGAUAAUAUUUUGGGCAAGUCAAUUGGUCAGCUUGUUGUAAUCUGUGGUCGUAAUAGUGAACUUGCGGACAAACUGCAGUUAGUCAACUGGAAAAUGCCUGUGCAGAUAAAGGGCUUUGUAUCCAACAUGGAGGAGUGGAUGGGGGCUUGUGAUUGCAUCAUAACAAAGGCAGGACCCGGAACUAUUGCAGAAGCAUUGAUUCAAGGACUUCCAAUUAUUCUUAAUGACUUCAUUGCAGGCCAGGAAGUUGGAAAUGUGCCUUAUGUAGUGGACAAUGGAGCCGGAGUCUUCUGUAAAUCUCCAAAAGAAAUAGGCAAUAUUGUUGCACGUUGGUUUGAUCCAAAGUCUACAGAGCUUAAGCAAAUGUCUGAGAAUGCAUUAAAACUAGCACAGCCAAAUGCAGUUUUUGACAUUGUUCGAGAUCUUGAUGACCUCAUCAGACAAAGAGAUUCAAUACCCAAAGAGAGAGAAAAGAGUGGAAGAAACAAAAAUAUCAAAUUCAGGUUGUUUCAAAGAUGGAAAAGAAUUAAGUCAAAGAUGUUUAUUUCAAGUUCUUCUAAAAUUGUAGAAAUGAAGAGAAGGGGAUAUAUUCUUUGGAGAACUAUAAAAAAUAAUAUGUGAUUAUGGGCUCAAAAUAAAACUCAUAUAUUGUAUAUAAUUUGUAUAUAGUCAUUCAUUAUUUUCAUAUAUAUAAAAGAAGAAUUGUAA